CUGAGCUUCUUUCUGUAAACAUUUAUUUUCAUCUGUUCGUUAUUUUCAUUUUUAAGUCUGCUUAUGCUCUCGAAACCUAUAGCAAAAGAAAUAUGUAGCGAUCAUGUUUAUUUUUUAUCUUUAUCGAUCGUUUGAUCUCAUCUUUUUAAUCAUUAACCUAUUUGUGGUAUUUGGUACGCGAUCAUAUAAAUUAAAAAUCUUUCUACGAAAAGCAUUUAUAUUUUUUGAACUUGUGUAAAUCGAAUCGACGAUUUCACUUGUUGAACUUUAAUAACGAUGUUUGUCUUUCGUCAUCGUUGACAUUGUUCGAUGUCCGCCAGUAAUAUGAAAUUUUAGUCUAAUGGUUGUAUUAUAGUUCUAAAGAAGUUAUAGGGGUAUUUAAACUAAAUGAUAAUAUAUAUACACAUACACACCUACAUAUAUAUUGUCAUACCAUUCCAUGACGAGACUGUAUGUUUGUAUAUAAAGAUCUGUAAUUAUGUAUUAAUUCGUAAUUUAUACAAUUUUGUAGAAGCAUUUUAUGUAACGGGACAUGAUUUUGUGUCUUGAAACAUUCGCAGCUACCUUCUGAGGAAAGUGGAUGAUUUUAUCGGUGUUUUAUGAAAUUUUGCAUUACCAUCUAAUCGAAAUAUACAUAUGAAGGGAAAUAUAAAAAAGGCAGCUAUAGGUAUUAUUCUACCUAUUAAAAUCUUGUUUGUAUUCUAAUAUCUAGAAUAAAAUUGCCGAAAAAUUUAAUAAAUAUGAGAUUCUCAAUGAUAAUGUGCGAAUCUAAGUGAGUGACUAAGACAACUGAUGUUGUUAUUAUUAUGAAUGAAUUAUUAAAAUAUUAGGUAUCGAACAAAUUAUAAAGCUUGAAAUGAUAUAAUAUUUCACCAUAAACGCUUUUGAGAUUAUAUGCAGUGCAACAAAAAUACGAUAGUAAUAUGUCAACUGGCACUGCUAUUUUCUGACAGUUAAUAAACAGGGUGAUCUUCAAAUAUGACGCGUAUUUUAGUAAAAGAGAUAUAGCAAGGUAAUAAAUUAAAUGUUAAGUAAACAUAUCAAUUAAUUUAGCAUAGACUAAAUGGAAAAAUUUUGAAUUUGUAAAAAUCAUUCAUAAACUGAUCAUAUGCUCCUGAUAUGUCGACCACCUUAUUUUUCCAUGGAUCUUUUUAAAUUACUGUUUUUACGUUUAAAAUCAGUACACUUUCAUGUGACUAAUUUUAAUUAAUUUUAUGAUCUUGCUAUAUCUAUUUCACUAUAAGUGCACAUGUUCAUGUGUUUGUAUGCUAUAUUAAAAAGUAUGUUAGGGCUGCGAUCGAAAAUGAAUUGUAUCCGCAUAAUUAAAAAAACGAUCAGUAUUAGAAGAAGUUGAUUAGAAAGAAGCUCGAUAAUGCGUGCAUCGAAAAGGUUCCUAUGCCAAAAAAAACUGAUGAGGAAUAAUACGAGUGUCAUAGCAUAAUGACAUAUUAUUUAUGACAAGAAACAAUAGAUAUGUAAAAGAUUUUAAUUAGAGAAUAUUGUAAAUAUGAGAGAUGCACAUUGCAAAUGUUAAUUAUCGAUACCAUAUAAUAUCAUUUGUAAAAAUAUUAAUAGUACGAUAUCGUCAAUAGUGAUUUGAAUUUGGCGAAACUGAAAGCAAAACGCGUCCUUUAUCAAAAAUGAUAAACCAAGGUUACGUAUUAAUCAAAAUAUAAAAGUAAAACAUAGGAUGUUGAUGUAAUGAUAUUAAUAAUGCAUACUCUUAGGAUAAUUAUAAUAAGCAAAUUAAUUGAGAAAGUGAGCGAUGUAGUGACAUAAGUAGGUGUAAAUAUCACGAGGCGUUUUAUGCUAAGCUGUUAUGCAGUAUCAAACGAGUUUAAUGUAUUCUGUACAGAUUGUUUCUCAGGAUAGUUGUUACAUGAUUUGAAUAAUUCCCACUGUAUUUGUAGAAAAAGUUUUCAAAACUAAAAGAUUUAUAUAUUAUUCAACUCAAUUUUUUUAACGCAAUUUAUUUUUUAUCAGCGAUAUAAUUAAUAUGUAUAGUAGUAUUUGAGUAAAACUAUCGUAUUUAUUCUUAAUAAAUAAUAUAGGAUUAGUAAUAUUUUCUAAAAGUACAGUGUGAAAUUUUCAAACUACUUUUGGGAGCAUUCUAAUUAUGUCAUCAAUACGUUGUAAGAAUGCACGGUUGUUCCUUGAUUAUAGGAACGAUGAUACACUGAGUAAUUGAUAAGUGUGCAUAUGACAAUGCAGCACAUCCUGUCUAUUGAAUCUCCAAAUUUAUUUUUAUUUUUUUUCUUGUUUCAUAAGUCUCGUCAUCACGUAUCACGUCUUUUUUGUUGCUAUAUUUCUCUGUAUUUCUUUCUUUUAUCUUACUAGCAUAUCAUUUUCAUGUUUCAUUUUCAUCAUGGUGUACAAUUUUAUUCGUUUAUCUUCAUGCGACCAACUAUCCUAAUAUUCAUCGCGAGAUUUGCGCGACAGCCUGUAAGCAUAUGUAUAAGAAUAAUACAAACUAACAUGUAUGUACAUUUAUAUAGAUUUACGUGAAUAGAGAUAUAUUAUAUAUAUAUAUACAUACUAUAUAUACACAGUAAAUGUAUAAUUUCUCGGUUGUACAGAUCUGAGCGUUAUCUCCAAAAUGUUCUAUUUUAUAUAUGUAUAAUUAUUACAUUGCAUUCAAUGUAAGCGAUAUCUUCCAAUGCCGGCAUUGUAUCAUCGCGUAAACAAAAAAAAAUGUUUGUAACAUUAUGAGACACCAUCGUUUAUAAAAGUAAUAAUGAAAAGGUUGUGAAGUCCGGGUGCCGACAUCCCUACAAGGAUUCGCCAGCUUCGUGGAUUUAUUUGUACUGUGGGGAGGAAUCUGAGGUUGUGCUAAUGAAGAUUAAUGAGUUGUAUUGAGAAAGCUUUAAUAAACGUGUGUAAAAUUGGGUUUCAUCCGAUGAGUUCUCAUCCCAUCAAAAGUAUAAUACGCAGGUGUACAUUCUGUUACUAUAGUAACUAUACACCAACAAAUUCCCGGACUUCAAGGUUGCUCCAAGCAUGCGAUCGAAUUUGUAUAUGUAUAGAAUGUUGUUCGAUGUUACGUGCAUGGUAAUUUCACGUGAAGCCGCAAACGUUUUUACACGUACAUUUAGACAGGGGUUAAGGUGACAGAUACGUAUAAAAUGAGAUUUAAAAUAUCUGCACAAAAUCGUAAUGGUCAUAAGCGUUUGGUAACUUGUGUAGCAUGGAGCUCGACGGAAGAGAUUUAUUCAUGCGGGUAUGAUUUUGUAUUUACGAGAAAAAAUAUAAAUAAUCUAAGUGAUUACCUUUUCAGAGAGGAUCAUUUAUUAAUAGCGUGGCAUUUGGAAGGUGGAACCGCACAUUCUAGCAUUGUUACGGAAUUUCCUAAUGAUUUUUAUCCGACCGACAUGCAAUGGCAUCCGCGACCAAAUUAUGCAGCGCUAAUUACUAAAAAACAGUCGUUAGAUGUUCUGUUAAUUACUACAGCCGACGGAAAAUAUCAUUUAGUUAAUAAAAAUGGACGUAUAGAAAAGAGCAUAGAUGCUCAUAAAGGAGCAACGACAGUAGGCAGAUGGAGUAGUGACGGCUCCGCACUUUUGACUGCUGGUGAAGAUGGUUUGAUAAAAGUAUGGUCACGUAGUGGCAUGCUUCGCUCUGUUGUUGUUAAAGGCAUGUUCCCCAUACUAUCUGCUGCCUGGAGUUCAGAUUGUACGACAGUAUUAUAUUCUCAGGGAGCUCACUUAACUUUUCAGUCGCUUAAUUCUAAUUCCAAACCUCGCAAGUUAUUGGCUCAUGAUGGUCUGGUUUUGGUUUUAUGUUGGAGUCACACUCAUGGAUUGAUAAUUUCUGGUGGUGAAGAUUGUAGAUAUAAGGUAUGGGAUCCUAAUGGUACUCAGCUAUUUUCUAGUAGCAUAGGAGAUUAUCCUAUUACAUCAGUAAGCUGGAGCUUUUCUGGGGAUUACUUUGCUGUUGGAUCAUUUAACACAAUCAAACUUUGUGAUAAAACAGGAUGGUCUCAUUCAUUAGAAAAAAUAAAUUCUGGAAGUAUAUACAGUAUUGCUUGGUCAAGUGAUAGUACACAAGUAGCUAUGGCUUGUAGUAAUGGAACUGUAUCAACAGGACAUAUAAUAGACAGAAGAUUGGAAUGGAAUAAUUACGAAGCCACAUUGGUCAAAAGAAAAGUAAUUGAAGUCAGAAAUGUGGGUAAUGAAAUACGAGAAACAUUAGAGAUAUCGGAUCGCGUGGUGCAGCUGGAAUUUGGUUUUGAUUAUUUAGUUGUAAUUACACCGGCACAGUGUCAUGUUUAUUCGGUAGCAAAUUGGAAUACUCCUGCUAUAUUCGAUUUAAAAAAUACUAGUGUAUCAGCGGUACUUCUUGCAGAAAAGCAUUUUUUAUUAGUUGAAUGGAAUAGCGUAUCAUUGUACAGUUAUCAAGGUCGUUUAUUAGGAACUCCAAAAUGGAAAGGAAUAACACAGGAACGACUUUAUCCACCUUGUGUAUCGCUAUGUUCUGAUACUUUAGUUAUACGAUCGCAAAGUAACGAAAAACUUCUUCAUGUAUUAGAAGUGGCUUAUAAUAAACCUAUAACAGAAAACCAGACUUACACACAUCUUCAAAGUAUUACAAGGGUUGCGUUGAAUCAUGUUGGCGGAAUAACUGAUCGACAAGUAGCAUUAAUCGACAUAAACAAAGAUCUGUUUCUAGUUUCUAUACGAAUCCCUGGUUUUGGUAGAGUAUGUAAAAUAGCUGCUAUGGCACAAGAUAUUGCAUGGGCGACUGAUGCAAAUGUUUUAGCAGCGAUGUUGGAUGCAACAUUAUCUGUAUGGUUGUGUCCUAAUUGUGUGCAUUAUAGCGAUCGUAAGAUUAUACGAAAAACAAGGAUCGAUAAAGAAAGCAGUGAGUUUGGUAAACAGCCAAGUAUAGCUAAUGUCUAUAAUGGAAUGGUAAUGAUACGACGUGGUGAUGGAGCAUUAGUGGCUUCUUCCUUUUAUACGUUUUUUAUUAGUCUUCAUCAACAUAUACUGAACAAAAGAUGGAAAGAAGCACUGUCUCUUUGUCGAAUUGCUCAGAAUGAAGUAUUGUGGACUUGCAUGGCUGUUAUGGCAACUGACAAUAAGGAAUUAGAUGCUGCGGAAGAAGCAUAUGCAGCAAUUUCGCGAUACGAUAAAGUUAAUUAUAUUCAGUAUAUAAAGAGUCUACCAAAUAAAAUAAAAAGAUUAGCGGAAAUGGCGCUUCUGUCGGGAGAUCUGUUAACUGCAGAAGGCAUACUUUUACAAAACGGAUUAACCGAGGAGGCUGUACGAAUUAACAUUGAAAUAUAUAAUUGGAAUAGAGCAUUAGAAUUAGCGAUUAGACACAGAAAGCAACUGGAUGAGGUAUUGAACGCAAGAAAAGAAUAUCUUCGAGUAAUCAAUAAGAAAGAAACGAACCAAAAUUUUCUUGAAUAUAUGGCAAACGUUGCAAAGACGCAACAGUGAGACAAAAAAUUUUCACCAGGAAGCUACUGAAAAGGUUCCAUUUAAGCGAGACGAAAUUGAAUUACCGGAAGCAGAAAUACAAAAGAACGAAACAAUGAAGCAAGAAAUGGAUACUUGAAAGCGUAACAGUAUCUUUCUUUAUACAAAUUA